UUUCCUCCCCCCCCCCUCUCUCUCUCUCUCUCUCUAUAAAACUCUCUUGGUUCUCCUCCCUCUGUCUUGAGGAGAGCUUUGUAAGUUUGCAGAGCAGGGAGCCGGAGCCACACAGGCACCACCCACCAUCGACUUCUUGUUCGUUUCCGUCUUCUUCCUGCUCUUCUCGCCAUUGCCGCAGCCGCCUUCCUCCUCCUUGCUUGCCUGCGCUCCGGAUGAGAAGCUACGCAACCGGAGAGGCGAUAGUGCGGUCGGCCUGAGGCUGGAGGGGCAACCAGCUCCAGCUCAGAGGAGGCUUCAGGCAGAGAGAGUGAAAGCGAGUCCUCAUGGGUUCCUUGGAGGCUCGGUACCGGCCGGCCGGAGCAGCUGAUGACACAGCUAAGAGAAGGACCCAGAAAAGCAAAAGUUUCAAAGAGGUUGAGAAAUUUGAUGUCUUUGUCUUAGAGAAAAGCUCUGGCUGCAAGUUCCGAUCCUUGCAACUUUUGCUCUUCGCUAUCAUGUCUGCUGCAUUUCUGACACUCCUAUACACUCCAUCUGUGUAUGAGCAUCAAUUGCAAUCCAAUUCUAGGUUCGUCAAUGUUGGUUGGAUAUGGGAUAAGACUACUCCUGAUCCACGAUAUGUAUCUUCUCUCGGUGUUCAGUGGGAGGAUGUGUAUAGAUCUAUCGAGAAUCUGAAUGGUGGUGAACAUAAGCUGAAGGUGGGACUCUUAAAUUUUAACAGCACUGAGUUUGGGUCUUGGACACAGUUGCUCCCAGAAAGUGAGUUCUCAAUCAUAAGGCUGGAGCAUGCCAAGGAAAGCAUUACCUGGCAGACUCUGUAUCCUGAAUGGAUUGAUGAGGAGGAAGAAACAGAAAUACCAUCUUGCCCAUCACUUCCAGACCCUAAUUUUCCAAGGGGGGCACACUUCGAUGUUAUUGCCGUGAAGCUUCCCUGUACCCGAGUUGGGGGCUGGUCAAGAGAUGUCGCACGUUUGCAUUUGCAGCUGUCAGCGGCAAAAUUGGCUGUGACAGCUGCAAGAGGUAAUCGUGGGGUUCAUGUGAUGUUCGUGACUGAUUGCUUCCCUCUUCCGAAUCUGUUCUCUUGCAAGAACCUAAAGAAACAUCAAGGAAAUGCUUGGCUGUACAAACCUGACUUGAAGGCAUUAAAGGAGAAGCUUAGACUUCCUGUUGGUUCCUGUGAGCUUGCAGUUCCACUCAAAGCAAAAUCAAGACUUUACUCAGUAGACAGGCGAAGAGAGGCAUAUGCUACCAUACUGCAUUCAGCAAGUGAGUAUGUCUGCGGUGCAAUCACAGCAGCACAAAGCAUUCGUCAAGCUGGAUCAACAAGGGACUUUGUUAUUCUUGUCGAUGAUACCAUAAGCGAGCACCACAGGAAGGGCCUGGAAGCUGCAGGGUGGAAGGUCAGAAUAAUUGAGAGGAUCCGAAACCCAAAGGCUGAGCGUGAUGCUUACAAUGAGUGGAACUACAGCAAAUUCCGGUUAUGGCAGCUUACAGAUUAUGACAAGAUCAUAUUCAUAGAUGCCGAUCUCCUCAUCCUGAGGAAUAUCGAUUUUCUGUUUGCAAUGCCAGAAAUCACAGCAACUGGAAACAAUGCAACACUCUUCAACUCCGGUGUUAUGGUUAUUGAGCCUUCAAACUGCACAUUCCAGUUGUUAAUGGAACAUAUCAAUGAGAUAACAUCUUACAAUGGUGGUGAUCAGGGAUACUUGAAUGAGAUAUUCACAUGGUGGCAUCGGAUUCCAAAGCACAUGAAUUUCUUGAAGCAUUUCUGGGAGGGUGAUGAAGAGGAAGUGAAGGUGAAGAAGACUCGGCUGUUUGGUUCUGACCCGCCCAUCCUCUAUGUCCUUCACUAUUUAGGCCGGAAACCAUGGCUGUGCUUCCGGGACUAUGACUGCAACUGGAAUGUCCCAAUACUUCGGGAGUUUGCCAGUGACAUUGCGCAUACCCGUUGGUGGAAGGUGCAUGACAAGAUGCCCAAGAAACUUCAGAGCUACUGCCUUUUGAGAUCAAGGCUAAAGGCUGGGCUGGAGUGGGAGCGGAGGCAGGCUGAGAAGGCGAACUUCACCGACGGGCAUUGGCGACGCAACAUAACCGACCGGAGGCUGAAAACAUGCUUUGAGAAAUUCUGCUUCUGGGAGAGCAUGUUAUGGCAUUGGGGCGAGACCACCAACUCGACGAAGAAAACCCUGCCGGCGGUGCAGGCGUUGCCCGCUGAGAGCUUGUGAAGAUCAAGAGAUGUGUAGAUAUCCUGAGAAAUUAGCAAAUACCAGAUACAUCUUCCCAAGCUCCCAUACAUACAUAGCAACAGCUUGUAAAGGUAGCUAUGCACUUAGGCCUUCCCCUUAUAUACGUUCCCUUCUGCUGCCACACCUGCAGCAGCGCUCCCGCUGCUGAUCCGAUGGCCAACGAUUUUUUGGUUUCUGGCUAAUAAUUCGUCAGUAUAGGUAAAAAUUUUGUGGGCAAGGAACUUGUUUGUGUUGGCUACCGCUGCUAUUCCACGAUAGCUUAGCUUUUGAUGUAUGGUGGUUGUUGAACUGCUGCAGUUGGUCUUCUGGCGUGAUGCAACAUUAGAUUGCUGACCAGUAGGCACUGCUCCGUUUCAUCAAUACGAAUGUGAUGAAUUGAUGGUGAUGCUUCUUUUUGGUGGCUGUAAUGGGAUGGAAUUGGGUUA